AUGGAGAUAGAAUCUUUACUAAGUAGUUUAGAAACAUCGGGUCAUUUUGGCCACAUAUUAAGUAUUGAAGAGAGUCAAGUGCUGUAUAACUCUUUACUGAUACUACAGAACGAGAACCAUUUUAGAAAAAUCUAUUUUUGGGGUAAAAUCUUCGGCUGUGAAAAAGAUUAUUAUAUAGCCUUUGGGUACACGAAAGAUGCAAUGCUUGGAAGGAUAUAUUAUUAUAGCAUGAAUUGUAAAACUUGGGGUUUGUUACCACAACCGACAAAAAAUGGGAUGCAACUGACACCACUAGCUUCAACCAAAUUUAUAGGUGACCCGACUAUGGUCAUAGAUAUUUUAAUAGAAAAAGAUGAGACCUUAAUACCUUCUAAAAGGAAGCAACCUGAAGUUAAAAAACUAAAAGAAGAGGAUCGACUUGCGUCUACAGUUCAUUUCAUCAUGAACGAAGUCUCAGUUGUACCAAGAGGAGCUUUAUUUAAAAGACCUGAUGGUGUAAUUGUAGACAAUAUAAGUUUUGAGGGCCUUUCAACUUUAGAUGCCAGAGAAAUAAAAUCAUUUCAACAUGUGCGAGUCCCAACUCAAAAAAUAAAUACUAAUCUGCUUACAAGGCAUGAUUAUAAUUAUGCAAUAGAUUUUUUGGAUCCCUUAGAUCUUGAUAUUCCAGAAGGCUGUUGGAUGAUACAGAUAACACCAGCAGAAGACAUGGUUAUAUUGAAAUCUCUCUACUGGCCAGGAUUUAUAUUUUAUCAUUAUUUGCGCAAUCCUAAACACGGUUUUAUAUAUUUUGGUCAUGGUAAAAAAAGCAUGGAUCUUCCUUUUAUGCUUUGUCCCUUUUUUACCAUUAAUUAA